AUGAAUUUCCUUUCUUUAAAUAUUAGAGGUUUAGGAGAGGGGGGUAAAAACAAAGCGGGUUGGAUAAAAAAUUUAAAGCGGGAAAAUGGUAUUGAUUUCAUCGCUUUGCAAGAAAUUCAAUUUCGUGACAUUUCAGGUAUCGAAUUCGAGAAAUUUUGGGGAGCUGGCAAGUUCGAGAUGGACCACGUUCCGGCGGCUGGCAGAUCUGGAGGGGUGGUUAGUAUGUGGGACCCUGGUAUUCUUAAGGUACAAGAUUCUUUCAAACAUGCCAAUUUUUUAUUAACUAGGGGGACUUUAAAAGGCAGCAAUCAAGUUAUUAAUAUUGUGAACGUCUACGCUCCUCAUAAAGUCCCUCAAAAAAAGGCUCUCUGGGAUGAUAUUGGGGGGGGGGGGGUGAUGGGUAGUCACCCAGGCUGGUGGGUGAUUCUGGGAGAUUUUAAUGCAGUGCGUUUUAAGGAGGAAAGGCGAAAUUCUAUUUUCAAUUCUAAAUGUGCUUCUAUUUUUAAUGACUUUAUCGAUGAAAAUGGGUUAAGGGAGUACGAAAUGAAAGGGAGAAAAUUUACGUAUCUCAAAGAUAAUGAUAAUAAACUGAGCAAAAUUGAUAGAGUGUUGGUGUGUCAAGAUUUUUUUAUGAAGUGGCCGGUGGCGUGCCUUCGGGCGAUGCCGAGAUUGUUUUCGGAUCACUGCCCGCUGAUUUUGACUUGCUCGGAUAAAAACUUUGGGCCUAAGCCAUUCAGAUUUUUCAACUCUUGGUUGGAAAGAAAGGAUUUCGACGAGGUGGUUCUUAAGGAGAUUUCUAAGUUUAGCGGAGUUGGGAAUCCUGACGAGGCGUUAUUUCAAAAACUUAAGAAGAUUAGGGAAGCUUUAAGAAUAUGGAGAAAAGAGGUUUUAACGAAGGAAGGGGAAACGGAGAUGAAGCUGAAGGAAGAGUUAGAGUGUUUGGAAGAGGUGGCGGAAGGCAGAGAGUUAACUGAAGAAGAGGAGUGGACUAGAAUGGAAUGCCUGAAAGAUCUAAAGGAGAUAGAAGGGUACAAAGUGAAAGAUAUCAUACAAAGAUCUAGAGCUAGAUGGGAUUUGGAAGGUGACGAGAAUACGAGGUUUUUCCACGGUUACAUUAAAAGUAGAAGGGCUUGUAACAAUAUUCCGGGCCUAAUGAUUAACGAUGUUUGGGUCACUAGACCAUCUUUGAUAAAAAAAGAGAUUAUGGGUUUCUUCAAAAGGGCGUUCGAGGAAAAGAUUAGAGAAAGACCUAAACUCAUUUUCCAGAAUGCUAAGCGUCUUUCGGAAGCAGAAGCGGCGUCUCUGACGGUCCCUUUCAGUAAAGAGGAGAUUAAACGAGCGGUGUUUGAAUGUGGAUCUGACAAAGCUCCUGGGCCGGACGGUUUUAACUUUAACUUUAUAAAAAGGUAUUGGAACGUUUUCGAAAAUGAUUUCUUGUAG